AUGCGGAAAGGUCUAGAAGGAAUCAGAUCUAGGAAAUACUUCGUCGAUACUAAAGCAAAGACUGAUCUCCUAUCGAAACUUGCACCAGUUCUAUUCCUGCAAUCAGAUUGUGAAACUGCAACGAAUAGAGAUGAAUAUGUCACAGAGCUGAUGAAGUUUAUCAAAGUAGAUUGCUCUGGGAAAUGCCUUCACAACAAAGAUAUGCCUUUACACGAAAUAUACACGUCGACUUCUUAUAUAAACAAUCUUUAUGGCGAAGAUCUAUUGGUUUACACUGGACAGUAUAAGUUCAUACUAGCAAUAGAAAACAGCAUCUGCAAAGAUUACACGACGGAGAAAUUGUGGAGGUCCUUAGAUGUGGGCGCAGUUCCGAUCUACUACGGCUCGCCGCUGAUCAGGGACUGGCUGCCGAACAACAAGUCGGCCAUACUGCUGGAGGACUUCCCCACGCCGAAGCUGCUCAGCCAACACCUGCACUACCUCCUGAACAACGACACGGCGUACGAAGAAUACCUCGAGCAUAAGACUCUAGGAAUCAUUUCCAAUCAGAAACUUAUAGAUGAAAUAACAUUAAGGCCUUAUCAAAAUGACCCUAGGAACCUUAUGGAGCAUUUUGAGUGUUUCGUCUGUGAAAGGCUUUACGAUGAAGGGGGUAAAGUCAAUAUAGUGACGAGAAAGCAAUACGACUGUCUCCCUCCAACUUCAGCUCUUACCUUAGCUGUGAAUCCUAAUAAUAGUUGGACUAAUAGAGUAGAAGAAGCGAAAACAAAAGUAGAUAGGUUGUACGAAGAGAUAGCAAAUACUCAUCAUAAUCCUCACUAUUCUUAUGUUAAUUGGUGGUGA